GCGUGUGUUAAAGGGAGUUGGACUCUGUGUACAUUGUGCACACUGCGGGACCAACACACAUAUUCUGUACAGCUAAACCAAAGCUGUAGGUUUCGAAUGUGCAUCAAGCCACAGUCAGGAACCAGGUAUCAAGGUACCAGGACUUUUUUGACUGGAUGCAUAGCAUUUGCCUUCGCAAGGCAUUACACACCAUCAGGAAUCCAGCUGCCACCUUAUUGAGAGAACAUAUUAUCUGGCGAUUUGGCAGCACUCAGUAUUUCCCUCAGUACCCUCAUCCACCGACUCUUCACUGGGGCUGUCAUCCCAGUCAUUACCACUGCUUUGAUCGUAUCCCGCCAUCUCGAAAGUUUGGCACGUCCUCAAGGUUUUAUAUUCAUCUUUCGUGGCCCCAGAGACUCUCCGAGAGGCCAGACAUGGCAGAGCAGAGGUUCUGUGUGGAAUAUGCCAAACGUGGUACUGCAGGCUGCAAGAAGUGCAAGGACAAGAUCAUGAAGGGACUGGUGCGCAUCGGCAAGAUUGUGCCCAACCCCUUCAGCGAGUCUGCUGGAGAGAUGAAAGAGUGGUACCACGUGAAGUGCAUCUUCGAGAAGCUAGAGCGAGCGAGGGCCACCACCAAAAAAAUCGAAGACAUCACUGACCUGGAGGGGUGGGAAGAGCUUCAGGAUGACGACAAAGAUCUUAUUAAUAAACUCGUUUCAGACCUUGCUGCCAAAACCAAUGCGAGCCCAAAGAAGAAAGUACAGGCGAAGCUAAACACCAGUGGGCAGCUCUCUGCCCCACCUGCUGACCCAUCCCUUAAUGCUCCUCGGAAGUUCUCAGGCUUCACAGCUACCAAGGCUGGUAAUUCUGCCAGUCCGGGGCCGUCUGCAAUGAAACCAAGCCAGGGCAGUGCCCUGUCCACUCAGCUGUGUGACCCCAACCAUAAGGACUGUCUUCUGCGGGAGUUCCGCAAGCUGUGCGCCAUGGUGGCAGAGCACUCCAGUUACAACACCAAGACUCAGAUCAUACAGAACUUCCUGAAGAAAGGCAGUGGUGGAGAUAAGUUUAAAGGAGACUUGUACCUCACUGUGAAGCUGCUUCUCCCGGGAGUGGUAAAGAACGUUUACAAUCUAAAUGACAAGCAGAUUGUGAAGUUGUUCAGCCGUAUAUUAAACUGCAACCAGGAUGAAAUGGUCCGUGACCUGGAACAGGGGGACGUGUCGGAAACCGUGCGGAUGUUUUUUGAGGACAGUAAGUCCUUCCCGCCUUCAAACAAGAGUCUUCUCACCCUUCAAGAGGUCGACGCCUCACUGACCCGUCUGGCUCAACUGACCAAGGAAGAUGAACAGCAGAAUGAGCUACAGGACAUAGCCAAAAAAUGCACUGGAAAUGAUCUGAAGUGUAUCAUCAGGCUUGUGAAGCAUGAUUUGAAAAUAAACUCAGGAGCAAAGCACGUGCUGGACGCUGUGGACCCCAAUGCCUACGACGCCUUCAAAGCCUCGCGGAACCUGGGUGAUGUCAUUGAGCGAGUGCUGCGGAACCAGCAGGAUGCCUCCAAUGGCACCGGGCCCCGCAAGAGUCUGAGCGUGGAGGCCACCCUCAUGACCCCGGUGCAGCCCAUGCUGGCAGAGGCCUGUAAAUCUGUGUCAAUGGCCAUGAAGAAAUGCCCCAACGGGAUGUACUCCGAGAUCAAAUAUGAUGGUGAGCGUGUGCAGGUCCACAAAAAUGGAGAUCACUUCAGCUAUUUCAGCCGCAGUCUCAAACCAGUGCUCCCACACAAGGUGGCACAUUUCAAAGAGUUCAUCCCUCAAGCUUUUGUUGGGGGCCACAGUAUGAUUUUGGAUGCUGAGGUUCUUCUCAUUGAUACCAAUACCAGUAAACCCCUGCCCUUUGGAACACUGGGAGUGCACAAGAAAGCUGCCUUCCAAGAUGCCUGUGUGUGCCUGUUCGUCUUUGACUGCAUCUUCUUUAAUGGCGUGAGCCUGAUGGAUAAGCCUCUUUGUGAACGAAGAAAGUUUCUCCAUGACAACAUGGUUGAGGUUCCAAACAGGAUAUUGUUUUCAGAAAUGAAACAUGUUACAAGAGCAUCAGAUCUAGCGGAGAUGAUCACCCGUGUCAUCAGAGAGGGACUGGAAGGCCUGGUGCUGAAGGACCUCAAGGGUGCCUAUGAGCCUGGGAAGCGCCACUGGUUGAAGGUGAAGAAGGACUACCUGAACGAGGGUGCCAUGGCGGACACAGCUGACCUGGUGGUGUUGGGAGCCUUCUAUGGAAAAGGCUCAAAUGGUGGAAUAAUGUCCAGUUUCUUGAUGGGCUGCUAUGACCCUGCAUCAAAGAAGUGGUGCACAGUGACCAAGUGUUCUGGAGGCUAUGACGACGCCACUCUGGCCAGACUUCAGAAGGAGCUGGAUGUGAUUAAGAUCAGCAAGGACCCAAGCAAAAUCCCUGGCUGGUUAAAGAUUGUUAAGAACUAUUACCCAGAUUUCAUUACCCGGGACCCAGAGCAAGCACCGGUGUGGGAGAUCACUGGAGCUGAGUUUUCCAAGUCGGAGAUGCACACGGCCGACGGAAUCUCCAUCCGCUUCCCGCGCUGCACGCGUAUCCGUGACGAUAAGGACUGGAAGACUGCCACCAACCUUCCUCAGCUGAAGGAACUCUAUCGCAUAUCGAAGGAGCGCUGCGACUUUGAGGUGACUGCGGGCGACGCCAAAGAUAAGGAUGAUGGGAGCUCCUCUGGUGGGGCCAGUGGUGGCAGUUCUCCACCCUCCACAUCACACGCUAAACCCACCCCCAGCAAAGCCCGUGCCAGUGCUGCUCCUCGGGCGAAGCAGGUGAAAUCAGAACCCCCACCCACUCCCUCCCCUGCCAAGAGGAAGAUGCCUGCAGAGGACCACAGCAGCAAGAAGAUUAAGACUGAAGUUGUCCAUAGCAAUGGGCAAAGCAAAGGGAAGAGCAGCUCCACCAAGGUGAUUGAAGCAGGUCCUGAGAAGACGCUUCUGGACAUUUUCAGUGGCGUGAAGCUCUACCUGCCAAAGGGUAUCCAGGACUACGACAAACUCCAGCGCUACUUUGUGGCCUACGACGGAGACUUGGUCCCAGAGUACGACGCUGCCACAGCUACCCACACACUAACCGACCCCGAUGAAGACAGUCAGGCUCAGAAAGUCACCUCCAACUGGAUCUGGAAGUGCAUUCGCAAGAGGAGAGUGGUUCCCCCUUGCUGAUCAGGGCGGGCGUCGACCAAUGGAGACAUGAACUGCUUUUCAGAUGAAUAAAAGUGCCCUUCAACAGUAGUGGUUGCCUCAGAAACUACUUCCAUCAUAUGAACAAUACUAUCUCUUCCAGUGCAUCCUGGAUUGUUUUUCAUGACCAUGUAUAAUGUCAGUAUUGUAAGCUGCCCCGGUUGGUGGGAUUUUUUUAAAACACAUAAACAUGCCUGUUAUCUGGGAUUUGAUACCAUGAAGACAUAAGGAGCAGAGAUCCUUCAAUCUUUAUAUUUAUUUUGUUUUUAGGGAUCAGGUGUGCGAUUUUUGCUGUAUUAGCUACAGCAUGGAUAUCAAGUAGAUUAUUUUCUGGAAGUAGUUGGUAGUUUUGAGGUAUUAAGGUUUCAAAAAGUAUAUGUACACUCAUUUAGAAGAUUAAGCGAUAUUAAUGGGUAGUUUGUCAUGUCUAGUAGUUUUUCUUUGUUAUUCUGUAUGGGUCAAAUUAUAUGAAGAAUGUUAACUGAAUGAAUGGUAAAUGAUGAAAUAAACCAUUUUGUGAAUGGCUUUGAUCCUGAAGAAA